AUGCUGGCUGUCACCGAAACAAAUACUUGCUCUGGAAUCUUAGGGUUUUGUUCAUUCACAGCUUGUAGAAGCAAUCUUUUUUUUUAUGUUACCUGCAUCGUGCAUGGAUGCUUUUGGAUGGGACCGGACUUGACUUUGUCGUGCUUUCGGUUUUGGGCUUUUACCUUACUCUGUAGAUUUGGUGUGUUGUGCAUGAACAUACCAAGACAUCCUUGGACUUGGAGGAGCUGUGCUCUCAAGCACAGGCUCAGUCCUAGUCGCCUUAGCCCGAGCCAUUUUGCUGUCGCCAAUCCAAUUACUCUCAAGGCACUCCCCUUGAUCAUCCGACUCUUUCACCACCGCCCGAUUUCUAUUCUUCACAAAUCCACCGUCCCCGCCAGCCCCACCGCCACAAGCCCUAUAAUCCCGGCCACUAACCCCAUAACCCAAAACGGGCCAUCCCGUUUUUCUUGCCUCUCGAUAGGCACAACUACCGAGAAAUGUCCCUCAUCUUUUCCAAAACACACAUCCUCACGCGAACCCAUCCUAGUCAGUGACAUUUUCCCUGACACACCGAAAAAAGCACAAAAUCUCGUCUGGUUCUCGACAGCUGUCAAGUUAUCGAACUCGACCCUAACGGGCUUUCCCCAUGUGUUGUUGAGCCCGACCGUUGAGAAAUUACCCCCACCGCUAAAAUUCGAUGCAUCAUACACCAAAAAACCCAUGACUGGACUUAUAAAAGAAUACCCGUAA